CAAAAGGCAACCCUCGACCACUUAGCCCACGGGCCCACGACCCACGCUUUAGCUUCCUCGCUGCUGCCCCGUGCAGCCUUUUCCAGUUUCCCCCCUCCCCCUUUUUUGGGUGCCUACGAUCACUUGCUCGCUCGGAAAAAAAGCGCCUUUGCCCCUUGAACACUCUAUCUUUGCGACACCAUUCGCAUCCACCACAGUCCAUUUUGGUUUGGACACACGGGACGACACGUUGGUGGCAAAAAAAGAAAAAGAAAAAUAGAUACCGCCUUACCAAGAGGACGGACGCAAGAGGGAAUCGCUCCACAGGCGGACACUUUCGUCCCAUCCAUACCGACACACCUCUCCUGUGACCCUUUCCGGUCGCAGCGAUAUCACGACUAUAUCAGGACUACUGCCCGCCGUGGACUCGUAAUUGACAAUGAUGGAGGACAAUCACAUGGGCAAGGUAUCCGGCAUGGAGUGGUCAGAUUCAUCAUCCGGGGCGUCCGACGAUCAGCAACAUGACCAGCAAGAGCAGCCAGUCAUCCAUGCUCCAGUCCCGGUACGACCACGAUUGCCGAGCCGAAAGAGCAGUGGGACCAUGAUCGUACCGCGCGACUCUAUUGAGGUUGGCCCGGUCGAGAUGACGCUUGGGCCUGACGACGUGAGGGCCAUGAGCCCGAGGAGAACGAGCCAGGACCUCGAAAUGCUGAGCAAGGAGGCAAGAGAAGAGUUGCAAAGGCACGCCAAGGCGCUUCAGGACUCGCUGUUGGCCCUCUUCCACCGUAUCGAGGCUGUCAAAGAGGAACACAACAAGCUCGACAACAAUAACAAGUUCCUGCAAAAGUACAUUGGUGAUCUUAUGAGCACUAGCAAGAUCACAGCGCCCAGCAGCCGACCCAAGAAAUGAAAGACGUCGAGCAUCUUUACCUACGUUUGUUUAGCUGGGAUGACGAACAAUGUUCGACACGAAGCACAUGGCUUCAUCAAAAAGAACGGACCUAAUUCAGGCUAUGAUGCCUUACGACAUGAUCCGACUCGAAUUUGCCAGCAGGGGGGCUAUAUGGAAAAGCGGCGAGCGUUUAUACCGACUUGGUGGAUCUCAACAACGCGGAAUCUUUUGGCCAUCUUCUCGGAGUGUAUCUUCAGAAAGAGAAGGUUCCGUUGUGCCUGCAUAAGCACUCGAUUCAAGACGGCACGCGUCGGUUCUUUCCCGACUCGGAUUUUUUUUCUCCGACGACGCAAACGGCUCAGGGUCUGGAUGACGUCUGCACGGCUUUGAUCGUGGAGCAUCCGGAUCCUACGCAUUAUCCGUUGUUUCAACCAUUGGCGUCUACCAUGGGUUUUGGGUUCUUUUCAACUUCUCUUUCUUUGUUCUUUUUGCGAGUCGCCUUUGCCUCACAUGGGUUAAGAGUUUGAUACCAUUUAUACGCGACUCGCUCUGGGGUGGCAUGGAAAAUAUUAUUGGGGAAUUAUGCACUAUACAUUGGCCAAGGCAACGACCACUUGGCCGACGAGCUUGGUUACUGGACAUGGACUUGGGGAAGCAUUACACUAUGGCGUUGUCCGGAGUCUCGUCUGUCUAUUUUGGGCCAAGUUGGCUUGUUAUCAUUACGACGUGGAAGAGGAAGAGAGGGGGGUUGUGUAAAUAGGAAACUUCCGUUUGUUCAAGAAUACCGACACAAUCAAACU